AUGUUUAUUUCCUGUUUAAUCACUUUUCAACCCGACCGCUUUUCCCCCGGGGGAAAACUCUCCCUUCCCCUCUGCAAACCCCUCGGCGCGAGGUUUUUGCUCGGUCGCAACGGGGAGAAAAAAAAAACAAAACCAAAAACCCAAACCCCCAAACUUGCUCUCACCUCCCUCAGGGCCCCGAAACACCUGCAGGAAAAAGAAGAAAAAAAAAAAAAAAAAAAAAAAAAGGGGAGCAGCCAACGGGCAAGACCAGCCGGGGCGGAAAACGAAAGCCGCCCCGUCAUCAUCCUCGCUGCCGAGACCAUGGCAGCAGCAGAGAGCCCCGCCGAAAGCUUCCGUGAUGAAGCCUCCUGCCCCGUCUGCCUGGGCUUCUUCCAAGACCCCGUCUCCAUCCACUGCGGCCACAACUUCUGCCGGGCGUGCAUCACCCGCUGCUGGGAGGAAGCCCAGGAGAAUUUCGCCUGCCCCCGGUGCAAAGAGACGGCCCCGCAGAGAAACCUGAGACCCAACCGGGAGCUGGCAAAGAUCAUCGAGAUCGCCAAGCGGCUGAGCUUGCAGGCGGCCAGAGGAGGGGCCGGGGGGGAAAAGCUGUGCGAGAAGCACCGGGAAGCUCUGAAACUCUUCUGCGAGGAGGACCAGACCCCCAUCUGCCUGGUGUGCAGAGAGUCCCAGGCCCACCGGCUCCACGCCGUGGUCCCCAUCGAGGAGGCUGCGGAGGAGCACAAGGAGAAAUUCCAGGCUCACGUGCAGAUCCUGAAGGAGAGGAGAGAAAAACUGCUGGGGCUGAAAGUGGCCGAGGAAGGGAAAAGCCUGGACUUCCUCGAAAGGGUUGAAGCGGAGAGGCAGAAGGUUGUGUCUGAAGUCAAGGAGCUGUGCCAGUUCCUGGAGGGACAGGAACGUCUCCUUUUGGACCGGCUGGCAAAGCUGGACCAGGAAAUCACGAGGAGACAGGAGGAGAACAUCAACAGGCUCUUGGAGGAGAUCUCCUCCAUCGGCGAGCAGAUCCGUGAGCUGGAGGAGAAGUGUCAGCAGCCAGCGUGUGAAUUCCUGCAGGACAGCAGAAACAUCUUGAGCAGGCUCGAGAAGGACGGUGCCCAGGAGCCAGCAGAGACGUCGCCUGAGCUGGGAGAGAAACCCACCGGUCUUCCUGCGAAAAAUGUUGCCCUCAAGGAGAUGCUGAUGAAAUAUCGAGUGAGUCUGACGCUGGAUCCCGAGACGGCGCAUCCCCGGCUCGUCCUCUCCGAGGACGGCAAGCGUGUGAGAUGGGAAGACACCCGCCAGCCCCUUCCCGACAACCCCAAGCGCUUCGACUCCUCUCGCUGCGUCCUGGGCUGCCAGGGCUUCACGGGGGGGAGGCAUUACUGGGAGGUGGAGGUGGGCGAUGGGGAAGCCUGGGCCGUCGGGGUGGCCAAGGAGUCGGUGAGGAGGAAGGGAAGGAUCAGCGUCAACCCCAAGGUGGGGAUCUGGGCGGUGGGACAGUGCGGGAGCCAGUACCAGGCUCUCACCUCUCCGACCGUCCCCAUCUCCCUGCUCGCUGCCCCCAAAGUCAUCGGGAUUUACCUGGACUACGAAGCGGGGCGAGUGGCAUUUUUCGAUUCCAACAACGAGGCCCCCAUCUUCACCUACCCGCCGGCAUCCUUUGCCGGGGAGCAAAUCCUCCCCCUGCUCUGCCUGGGGAGGGGGUGCCAGUUCACGCUCUCCCCCUGAUCCCCGCCCCCCUUCCCCGCCCCGGGGUGAAAACAAGGGAAAAAAACCCCAAAAUAAACGAGAAACAAGUCAAAGAAAUGCGAUAAUUGGUCCUGGCUGGGAUGCUGCAGCGUGCGAUGAACGGCGUACAGCCUCCCUGGUGGUCUAGUGGUUAGGAUUCGGCGCUCUCACCGCCGCGGCCCGGGUU